AUUGCAAAAAUGGACGAGAUGUACGAUCCGCUCAAGUGCAAUGAAGACCUGGCAUCCUCCCCUGUAUGCCACAUGGACUAUGAUGACAUGCCGGAGUUGCAGGCAGUGGAAGAGGAUCAGCGGUCCCCUGGCUUGUUCCAGGUGGGUGCCGGUGUGUCGCAUCAGGAGGCAAGCGGCUCUGCCAACACCAACUGGCUCGCUGAGCUCGCAAACAUUGCCACCAGUCCUCAGAGCCCGUUACUCAAAGAUGCCCCGUAUAAGAGAUCAUCUCCAGUUCACAUCUUUGGCAACAGCAACAGUUUACAUUCCUACGCCCGUCCUCCUUUGGCUAGUAGUGCACCCAAUCCCUUUAGAGGUCACCUCCGGGAGCGUAGGCGUGUCAGGGCCAGCAGUGAGUCUGAGUCUGGAGUUUUCUCCAUGUCAUCGUCCUUUUCUGACGAUGAAGACAUGGCAUGGUCCCAUUCAUGGCCCUCCACAGCCUGGCACUGCUUCCUGAAAGGAACUCGCCUCCGCUUUCAUCGCGGCCCAAACGUCGAGUGGCAGGAAGCGGAUGAACUCGGAGAUUCUGAUGAAGAUUCUGAUGACGAGAGCAUGAUGCCGUCCAACUCUUCCUCGCUUAAGCGGUUUGGCUCUGAGGGGUUGAAGCUGAUAAGUCACGAGGAGACGUUGUCUUACGGCCAAGCUGUUCUGAAACUAACCUUUGAUCCUGGCUCACCUGACGAUGGUCUUUUAACCGCUGAAUGCCGAUUGGACCACCCCUUUUUUGUACAAAGUAAAGGUUGGGCCUCCUUUUAUCCGAGCCUUACCGUGGUGCAUCAUGGAAUUCCUUGCUACGAGAUGCAGCUGGGCGACAUGUGUCUGCCGCCAAACCACCCAGAUGCCAUUAAAUGUGACGAUUCAGUUGUUUUUGAUACAUUUAGAAGUUAUGACUUCACCCCGCUGGACUCAUCUGCCGUGUAUGUGCUGAGCAGCAUGGCCCGCCAGCGCCGAACCUCCCUGUCCAGCUGUGGUGGAGCUAGUCCGGACUGCGACAAAUUGGAGCACUCGGGGUCCCUGCAGUCGGCGGGCAACAAGUCGAACAGGAGCCAGGCCUCAGGGGGUAGCGGUGGUGCUACACCCACAAAAUGCAAGCGGCCUAUGAACGCCUUCAUGCUGUUCGCUAAGAAAUACCGAGUGGAAUACACGCAGAUGUAUCCUGGAAAAGACAACAGAGCCAUUAGUGUCAUCCUGGGUGACAAGUGGAAGAAGAUGAAGAGCGAGGAGCGGCGAUUGUAUACCAUGGAGGCCAAGGCUUUGGCCGAAGAGCAGAAGCGUCUUAAUCCCGACUGCUGGAAGCGCAAAAGGACCAACUCUGGUUCCCAGCAGUCUUAA